GUUAUGGUAAUUCACUCUACUGAGGAAUUUCACUCGAAGGUGCAUUGAACUCAAGCCUAAGGUAAAAACCUGAAAAUCUGCUGGUUCCAAAUGGCUAACGAAGGAAGAAAAACCAUCAAUUUUGCUCCCGGCCCUGCAAAGCUACCUGAAGAGGUCCUUUUGCAAGCUCAGAAAGAGUUGUUGAAUUAUGGCAACCUUGGAAUAAGUGUUAUGGAAAUGAGCCAUCGCUCAGCCGAGUUUGCCAAAAUUGCAAAUGACGCAGAAAAUGACCUUAGAGAGCUAUUGGAUAUACCUGAUAACUACAAAGUGCUAUUCCUUCAAGGCGGAGGGACUGGUCAAUUUUCAGCCAUCCCACUGAACCUGAUGAAAGAGGGUGGCUCCGCCGAUUACAUAUGUACUGGAGCUUGGUCAGCCAAAGCAGCUAAAGAAGCUGAAAAGUAUGGCAAAGUAAAUCGWGUUCUUCCUAAGCUGGAUUUGUACAACAGAAUCCCAAGUCAGUCAGAGUGGAAUCUUGACCCCAAUGCAUCUUAUGUSUAUUAUUGUGACAACGAGACCGUCCAUGGUGUUGAAUUUGACUUCAUCCCAGAAACCAAYGGAGUUCCCAUUGUCUGCGACAUGUCAUCAAAUAUUUUGACAAGACCAGUGGAUAUCAGUAAAUUUGGUGUCAUCUAUGCUGGAGCACAAAAGAACAUUGGRUGUGCUGGAGUCACAUUGGUUAUUGUGAGAGAAGAUCUCCUUGGUCGAGCAUCGCCACAGUGUCCUAUAGUCUUUGAUUACAAGGUCCAAGCUGGCAAUAAUUCCAUGUACAAUACACCACCAACCUACAGCAUCUAUUUGAUGGGGCUGGUAUUCAAGUGGAUUAAAAAAUUGGGAGGAUUACAAGAGUUAAACCAAAGAAGUUACAUAAAGUCGACCAUGAUUUACGACAUCAUUGACUCAUCGCAAGGAUUUUACAGCGGGAAAGUCAACAAAGACGCGCGUUCGCGAAUGAACGUCACGCUAAGAAUCAAAGAUGGAAACGAAGAACAAGAAAAAGAAUUUGUAACGAAAGCAGCUGAGCAAGGAAUGAUUCAACUUAAAGGACACAGGAGUGUUGGUGGCAUCAGAAUAUCGUUAUACAACGCAAUUACCUUAGAGGAGACGAAAACACUGGCGCAAUUCAUGAGAGACUUUAACAAAAUGAAGACCACAACCGUUUGAUAGAAAUCACAUAUAUAUAACAACUAAUUACCAAACCGAAAAAUCCAUCUACUGAAACAAGAACUGGUCCAUGCGCAAUGUAAAUAAUGAUGAACAACAAAUUAUAAUGUAUGAUUUGCA